CUCCCGCUCUGCCAGACACACUCUCCACACUCCCCUCCGCUCCCCGGCUCCUGCAGCGGCAUGCCUUCUCACCUCUCACCGCACCGCUGUCCAGCAGCACGCGGCUGAGGGCGGGAGUCACACACACGCACGCACACACACACUCGCACGAGCACAUGCCGACUUUGAGCUGAGGAAGGCUGGGGGACUGAAGCAUGGACCAUGUUGCCAGAGCGGAUCAGGCAGAGGUAUGGGGAUCUACCGGGGGAGCUGCUGCUGGUGGAGCUGGAGAAGGACCGGCAGGGCCUGGGGCUCAGCCUGGCCGGCAACCGCGACCGCUCCUGCAUCAGCAUUUUCGUGGUGGGCAUCACCGCCAGCGGGCCAGCCGCCAGGGACGGCCGCAUCCGCAUCGGCGACGAGCUGCUGGAGAUCAACAACCAGGUCCUGUACGGCAGAAGUCACCAGAAUGCAUCGGCCAUCAUUAAGAGUGCUUCCACCAAAGUCAGGCUUGUUCUCAUCAGGAAUGAAGACGCAAUCAAUCACAUGGCCGUCCCCCCCUUCCCCGCUCCUCCAACUCCGGUCCCGUCCAAUGAAUCCCAUCAUAAUGCAGCAGCGGCCCUGACUCCUGCAGACAAGCCCCAAGCACCAGAGUCUCAGCUGCUCAGCAGGAACCUCCCAGAAGCCUCUCUGCUUAAGGAGCAGGUGGGUGAGCCCAGCGAGAGUGCAGAGGUCCUUCCCAAGGAGCCGGCUCUGAAAAGCCUCAGUGAUGGAGAGUCCGUCUCCAAGAAGCUGAAGACUGCAGAGAAGAGUACGGACUCUGAGAGUGAGAUGCCUGCAAAGCCUCUCCUUGAACAGACUGUCAGCUACCCAAAAGCUUCUAAGAGCUCGAGCAAGCUACACGUCGGAUCCUUGGAGAGAGCCAUCUCCCCCCCACCAUCCCUACCCCCAUCCUGCACCAGCCCAGACUUCGAGUACUGCAGCAGAGACCCUGCCACGUGCCCCAUCGUCCCGGGGCAGGAGACGGUCAUCGAGAUCUCCAAGGGCCGCACGGGGCUGGGGCUCAGCAUCGUGGGGGGUAAAGACACACAGCUGGAUGCCAUCGUGAUCCAUGAGGUUUACGAGGAGGGGGCUGCAGCUCGGGACGGGCGGCUGUGGGCCGGAGAUCAGAUCCUGGAGGUGAACGGGGUGGACCUCAGGAACGCGGCACACGAGGACGCCAUCGCGGCAUUGCGACAGACGCCGCCCAAGGUGCGGCUGACAGUUCUGCGGGACGAGGGGCAGUACCGCGACGAGGAGAACCUGGACGUGUUCCGCGUGGAGCUGCAGAAGAAGGCCGGCCGUGGCCUGGGCCUUAGCAUCGUCGGCAAGCGCAACGGCACGGGGGUGUUCAUCUCGGACGUGGUGAAGGGCGGGGCCGCGGACCUGGACGGGCGGCUCAUGCAGGGCGAUCAGAUCCUGUGCGUGAACGGGGAAGACAUGAGGCAGGCGUCGCAGGAGACGGUGGCAGCCAUUCUCAAGUGUGCCAAGGGGAUGGUGCUCCUUGAGCUGGGCCGGCUGAAGGCUGCCUCCUGGAUCUCAUCCAGACGCACCUCCCAGGGAAGUCAGAUGAGCCACGCCAGCGGCAACAGCGCCGGGACCAUGCCCCAGCCCCCGGUCUCCGCCCCCUCUGCCUCACAGUUCCUCAACAACUCCAGGAGGCCUGAAACUGUGAGGAAGAGCACAGGAGCAGACACAGCAGUGCGCACGGUGGAGAUAACCCGGGGUCCCACUGAUGCUCUGGGCAUCAGCAUCGCUGGGGGCAAGGGCAGCCCCCUGGGGGACAUCCCCAUCUUCAUCGCCAUGAUUCAGGCCAACGGGAUGGCAGCCAGGACACACAAACUGAAGGUGGGGGACCGGAUCGUCAGCAUUAACGGGCAGUCCCUUGACGGGCUGACCCACGGGGAGGUGGUGAACAUGCUGAAGAACGCCUUCGGUAGCAUCUCGCUGCAGGUGAUCGCAGACACCAACAUCAGUGCCAUAGCCAGUCAGGUGGAGAGCAUGUCAACAGGCUCCGGCCUCCCCAGCACUCCAGAGGCCCAGACAGGCGAGCCUGAUGCUCCGCAGGCCAAAACCAUCACGCUGGAGAAGGGCUCCGAGGGGCUGGGCUUCAGCAUUGUGGGAGGAUUCGGCAGCCCCCAUGGAGACCUGCCCAUCUAUGUCAAGACUGUCUUCAGCAAGGGGGCAGCAGCGGUGGACGGCAGGCUGAAGCGGGGAGAUCAGAUCCUGUCAGUGAACGGGGAGAGCCUGGAGGGGGCGACACACGAGCAGGCCGUGGCGGUGCUGAAGCGCCAGAGGGGCACUGUCACUCUGGCGGUGCUGUCCUAGCUUGGACUCCCCCACCAACCCUGCCGAUGGGGGGCGGGGGUGGCACUGGGGUUCAGCCUGCAUUCACAUGGUGACAUACUGGGGUGGAGUGGAACUGUAUGGACCAGAGCUCAAGGAAGGGCUACACCUGACAAACUGUUCAUUCUUACUGGUUUGCUCUGUGAGAACUCUGGCGGUGAUUUGAAGACUGUUGGGAUUAGGGUUCACCCGGGGGUGCCACAUUAGAACACUGAAAGUUGUUUGUGGGAGGCUUUAAGGGAACUUUUCUCUUAUUUCUAGCAUCCACUUCAACCCCACUGACAGCAGGUGGCGCUGUGGUGAAGAAAGUAGAUGAAUGAGAGCACUGCAAGUGGACAGAAGGAUUCAUGAAAGUUGUGCUACUUUGCCUGUCCUGUCUUGUACUGUGACCCAGCCCCUGUGCUCUUUCUAUGCAUUUAUAGGUAGUUAAAGUGGGUUGGACUGGUCCAUCACAAGAAAAGGGAAUCGGAGAGGAAAUGUUACUCACUCAGUCCACUGGGCCCAGUCUUAAUGUUCAUACUCCUGCCAUUUUCACACCCAGUAGCGUUUUGCUGUGAAGCCCGCAACACAGUGCAACUGAAGUGAAGCGAGUUUGGCCCCACAAGAGCUCACGGCCAUUAGCAGCUUGGAGUUUCGUCUGAGGUACAAAAGAAGAGGUGUUACACGAGUAUGGCUGAAUGAUUCCAGGAGGAUACAGGAGGGUAGUCUAUAGUGUCUCAGUCCGCACAAGCAGAGCAGGCAGCUUAAGCCAGGGAUUUGGCCGUGUCUGACUUCUGAUGACAUUUUGGAGGGAGAAAAUUUCUCACAAUAGUCCUCUAAAACAGCCUCACAUCUGAGGCUCACUGUCAGCUCAGCCCUUUAAGCAUGGUGACAUAUUUGUAUGCUCUUCUUUAUUCUCAUAUUAGCUGAAGGUUUUUUUUUAACCCAGUCCAGCUCUCACAUAGUUAAAUACAUUUAAAUGCCUUGUGUUUGGUCUGGGGGUGGUUAAGGCCAGAGUUCUGACUAACAACAUACUAGAUAUGAAGAAAUGUUCAAGUAUUUUUUUAAUCGAAACCUUUGCAAGAACAAUGAAUUGAAAUCUGUUGACCAUCGAAUGGAUACUGAAGUCAUUGUAAUAUGGUCACUGCAAGUGUAUAGAUGGUUUGAUGGAUGCAAAGAGGUAUACUGAAAGGCAUUAAAAAUGUAACACAUCCUCAUUUUUGAACUGUUUUGAAAUCAUAACAGUGAAUAUUUUUACGUACACUGUGCAUGAUUUAUGCGCUGUUCUGCAAGGCUGCUGCUUAUUUUGACUGUGCACAGAUAUAGCCCUCUAUAUUGAUAGGGUCCACAAUGUGACAAUACAUUGUCACGAUCGGGCGUUUCCUUUAUUUAUGUUCAGUUGCACCCGAGAGACUGGCGUUUCUCAGCACUGCCAUUCAUUCACGCCUGUGUCCUGUUCCCCAUUGCAUCUCCAGCAGCCGUGGCAUUAUGGUUUGUGAGACUUAGAGUUUUCUACAGCCUCUGUACGCAUGGUCAACAGUGCAUAACCAGCAGAGAAAAGCAUGGCAACUUCAGCUUUGCCUCUAUAAGGACAACAUCAGUGUUAGAGGUGUCACCGUUGGUCAUGUGACGGAAGUGGGGAAAAUAGAUUUUGUGUCAAUUUGUAAAGAAUCUGUAGCACUG